ACAACUGCUACACAGACAACUAUAACUCAAGCGCCAACAACUAGAUUUUCUACACCAACAACAAGUCAAUUACCAACAACUACAACAUCUACACCAACAACUACAACUCAAGCACCAACAACUACAACUGCUACACAAACAACAAGUCAAUUGCCAACAACUACAAAUGCUAGAACAACAUCUACAACUCAAGCACCAACAACUUCAACUGCUAAACCAACUAUAGCAUCUCAAGUGCCAUCAACAACAACUGCUACACCAACAACUACAACUGCUACAUUAACAACAACAAGUAAAUUGCCAACAACAACAACUGCUACACCAACAACUACACCUCAAGCGCGAACAACUACAACUGCUACACCAACAACAAUAAGUCAAUUACCAACAACUACAACAUCUACACCAACAACUUCAAUUCAAGCACCAACAACUACAACUGCUACACCAACAACAACAAGUCAGUUACCAACAACUACAACUGCUACACCAACUACAGCAUCUCAAGCACCAAGUACCACAACUUCAGAACAAACUACCACAUCUCAAGCAACAACAUCAACAACAAUACAAGCUCCAACAACAGCAACAACUACAACUCAAUCACCAACAACAACAUUUUCUACACCAACAACUACAUCUCAAGUGCCAACAACUAGAUUUGCUUCACCAACAACAACAAGUCAAUUACCAACAACUACAACAUCUACACCAACAACUACAACUCAAGCACCAAAAACUACAAUUGCUACACCGACAACAACAAGUCAAUUGCCAACAGCUUCAAAUGCUACACCAACAACUACAACUGCUACACCAACUACAGCAUCUCAAGUACCAACAACUGCAACAGUAACAACCACAACUCAAGCAUUAACAACCAUAACUCAAGUACAAACAGCAAGUCAAGUACCAAAAUCUACAUUGGCUACACUAACAAAUACAACUCAAGCACCAACAACUGCAACUGCUACUCCAACAACUACAACUCAAGCAAUAUCAACCACAACUGUUAAGCCAAACACCACAACUCAAGUACCAACAACAACUGCUACACCAUCAACUACACCUCAAGCACCAACAACUACAACUGUUACACCAACAACAAGUCAAUUACCAACAACUUCAACAUCUACACCAACUACAGCAUCUCAUGUACCAACAACAACUGCAACAAUAACAACCACAACUCAAGCAAUAACAACCACAACUCAAGUACCAACAACAAGUCAAGUACCUACAUCUACAUUUGCUACACUAACAACUACAACUCAAGCACCAACAACUACAACUGCUCCACUUACAACAAGUCAAUUACCAACAACUAAAACAUCUAUACCAACAACUACAACUCAAGCACAAACAACUACAACUGCUACACCAACAACAAGAAGUCAACUGCCAACAACUACAAAUGCUACACCAGCAACUACAACUCAAGCACCAACAACUGCAACUGCUACUCCAACA